AUGCACCAGUUGCUGUACAACUACAACGAAGAAAACCUGCGCUCACGCAAGGUGCGAUGCACGAAGAACAAGUGCCGCACUGAGCCUGAAGCGUUGUAUGUAUUCGUAGAAGUAGAAGUGCCGACUACUAUAUGUAAAGUUAUUUUUCUAUGUUGGAUUCCCGUCCGAAACCGGACAGGACACGGAUGGCCCGGAAAAGCAAAAAGUUUUAUUGCAUCGCUUUCGCCUUUCCAACCUACGUACGCCACGCGAAAAAACAAACACCAAGACGAAUGUAAGUUAGUACUAGUGGUAGACGGGUCACACCGAGAUAAGCGUCAAAAGGAUUUUAGCAACACGUGGAAUUCUUUGGAACCUGAUGUUUUCUUGCAUCUCGUCCAUUUUCUUCCUUUCUACCCGAUGCAGGCAAUUUUUUCGUUUUGAAGGAUCAUAUAUAACUGUUUCAUCUACUUGUAUUUUGGGCGCAAUACAGGCACAGCACCAGCCAGUGUGAAGUAGAAGUAGGCACGACUAUUACCUUUGGGCGGAACAUUGCAGAAAAGAUGACGCUUUCUCUUUCAUCAGUGUUGAAUUUCAACAAAGAAUUCAUCAUGCUGGGGAAGAUGCAUUAUCCUUUGUUUUGAAUUUGAAGCCAGUAUCUUUACUGUUUACUCUUUCGAGGGGCAGAGAAGCAGCUCCGAGAAAAAGAGACCAUCACUGGCGUUUCUCACGCUUUGAGGCCGCUUAUGAAAGUUUGUGAACCGGACGAUGACUGUCGUGAUCUUCCGUUCCAACUGCACGAGGCCAAAAUGAAAAUGUUACUGAAAUCGAAAAGCAUUAUUUUGUGUGUAUGAUCUAUAUUUAACUUUAACUUUAAGCAAAAGCACCUGCAACACCGUGUAAGGACGAAACAUGAGGCCUCAGGGGCCUACUAAGGGCGUCAGGAGUACCGCGUAAAGCUACAAGAAAAUGCCAGUGGAGUACAAACUAGCAAACGCUUGCGCACAGUUGCUGCGGAAGAAUGCUCCGGGGGAAUCAUGAAGAUUCCGAGUUGUUAAUCUGGCAGUUGCUUAAACAUUAGCAGUGAGUAGAAACCGCAGUAGCAAGAUGAUCGCAUUCAUUUGCAUGAGAUGAAGAGAAGGCGCUCUUAAGGUCCUUGUAUUUGUAUAUCCCGGUGAUCAUGUUACAUGCUGACUCAGAGUCAGAGCAUGAACCCUAGCAUGUUUUUUCAACAACGUGUUUCGCUGUUUCCUUAAAGUCACCGGGGAGAUCCUACUUGUUCAAAAGAAAGCGC